AUCCUUAACUUAAAGUAAACAAAGACUUUGGUUUGGUCUCAAAGGUUACUUGCAAGGCAUUAGAGCUUUUCUCUCACCUCUCUUAUAUAGCCUUUACGUACUUUGAAUCUCAUCAUUAUUCUUUCUUCCAUCAGAAAAGAUUUUCCCAAAAUCAGAGAAAAGCAUAGAGGAUGAGCAAAGGAAAAAGCGUCACAGAUAUGGAGAUCAAAGUUGUUGAAGAUCAUCAAGGAAGUGCUCAAGAAGAGAUCGAGAAGCCACUUCUAGAAGAAGACAAAGACUUUCCCGACAUAGAAAGAACAACAUGGAUACAAAAGGCAAUAGGUCAAACGUUUCAAACCACAGCUCAUUUAGCUAAUCUCUUACCAACAGGAACGGUUCUCGCGUUUCAACUCUUAUCACCAAUUUUCUCAAACGGCGGUCAAUGCGAUUUAGUUAGCAAGAUCAUGACAUCGGUUCUAGUGGCAAUAUGUGGAUUCUCAUGUUUCAUACUUAGCUUCACGGAUUCUUACAAAGACAAGAACGGUACUAUUUGCUACGGGUUUGCAACAAUCCACGGGUUUUGGAUCAUUGAUGGAUCAGCAACGCUUCCUCAAGAGUUAUCUAAAACAUAUAAACUAAGGUUUAUAGAUUUUGCUCAUGCUUUCAUGUCGUUAUUGGUGUUUGGUGCGGUGGUUUUAUUUGAUCGGAAUACGGUGAAUUGCUUUUUUCCGGCACCAUCAGCUGAAGCGUUGGAGGUUCUCACGGCGUUGCCGGUUGGCGUGGGUGUGUUUUGUAGUAUGCUGUUUGCAACAUUUCCUACAACACGCAAUGAACUUUUACAGGUGUUGGAAUCAUAGAUUUGUAUUGAAGUGCACGAGAGUGGAAGAUGCUCAAAAGAUUUUGAAUCGUCGCUGGAGAAAUAAAUGAUUCUGGUACUAGCAGAAAAAUGAAGAGCUCAAAGUUGUUUUGCUCUUCAGAGAAAUGCAUAAGGGAUGAAAUUCAAUCAAACUACUAUAUAACUAAUGUUCUUAUCCACAAAAUGUAAAUUAUUUGGUGAAUUCCUUUUGAAUUAAUUUGUGUAACCCCUUAAAGAUAAUUUUGCUUCUUUUGGGGGGAUCAAAAGAAAAAUUUG